AUGGAGGCCGUCGGUUCCAGACUCAGCCGCGCCUCCUCUCGCUACGGCACCGCCACCGUCUUCACGGGCCCCGUCAGGAAGUGGAAGAAAAAGUGGGUGCACGUCACUCCCUCUUCCUCACCCAGCAACACCAACACCAUCACUGCCAACAACGCGCACUCUCCUGCCAAUUCCAACGCUUCCUCUCGCCUCCUCCUCCGCCGCUGGACCCCCACCACCGCCGAUGACGCUGCCGCCACCGUCUCCGACGAGCCUCCCAGGAGGAAGUUCCGUUACACCCCUUUCCUGUGUUGUGUUGAUGAGGUGUGGCGGUUAGGUGUGUUUGGGAUUUUUCGGUGGAACGAAAAGCGUUGGGUUGGAUUGCUUGUUUGCAUGUUGCAUGAGUUGGGAUUUGGGGUUUUGAGAAAGAUGAUUGCUGUGCUAGAUGAACAGAAAAAGAUGAUGGUUGUAAAGGAAGAGCAUGAAUCCGCAACUGAGAGUGACCAAUCAGCCGCCAGACAGAAAAAUGUCACCCAUGAGAUGCAAGGGAAACUGAACAUGAAUGAAAAGUUGGAGGAAACCAAGGAUUCAAACAUUGUUGAAUUGGAUCAUGGUUUGGACUUGCAUAGCAACAAAGAUGAAACCAGCCAGAACAGUGAUACUCAAUUGGAAAUUAGCCAUGAUCUUGUGUAUAGUGCUGCCAGUAGUAUAGGAAUGAUCACUGACUAG